GGAAACCAGCGUACCAGCCAGAGCUCAUGGACAAGGAGCCAGAGAAGCAAUUGGAGAGGAGGAUGGGAAACAGCCAACCAAACGGUUCGAUCAAGCAGACGUUCCGGAGACAACAGUGUAAGCUGAACUUUGAAAGAAGACGGCAGUUCCCAGCGAGUGCAUUCGAAUUUGCUGACUAUCCAGGACGACAGUAGAGAUCACGUCGUGAGAGAGAAAUGGAGAACGGAAAGAGCCGGCUGCGCCAGGCCCAGGAGGAGGUGGAGGAGGUGAAGGUCAUUAUGCUGGAGAACAUGAACAAGGCGGAAGAGCGGUCUGGCAAGCUCGGGGAGCUGGAGAACCGGGCCGACCAACUCCUGGAGAAGAGCAAGGCCUUUGAGAAGACGACAAAGAAGGUGAAGAACCAGAAGCGGUGGGAGAACAUGAAGAUGAAGGUGGUGUUGGGCGGCGUCCUGGCGGUGGUGGUGGUGGUGGUCAUCGUCGUGGUGACCCUGAUGAACUUGCCCGAGAGCCCAGGCUCUCAGGAGCGCGACGGCCCUGUUGCCACGGUAUCGGCAGACGGGACCUAGGACUGCCGGGGUCGGAGGUCGGGCAGCUGAUACAGGAGCGGGCAGUUAUGGCUGAUCCUCCUCUGCUCUGGCCACAUGGACAACGGGACAGAGAAAUCUGGUCAUAGAUGUGGGUAAGGGGAGGGCUAGGAGCCAGCUGUAGGGCCUUUCAGGGACUGCUCUGAGCUUUGAUUCCAGUGUUUUAUUAAUUAACAGAGAGAGAGAGAGAGAGAGAGAGAGAGAGAGAGAGAGAGAGAGAGAGAUUGUGUGAGAGGGACUGUGUGUGAGACAAAGAGAGAGAGCAUGUGUGAGAGUGUGUGAGAGAGUGUGUGUGAGUGUGAGAGAGUGUGAGAGUGAGUGAGAGUGAGUGAGAGAGAGAGUGAGUGAGAGAGUGUGUGAGUGUGAAAGAGUGUUUGAGAGAGAAAAAGGUCAGAUUUUGCUAAAGGUUCUGUUUCUCUAUCCGAGGAAGAAAUGGUACCACUGUUUCAUCGGCACGGCAGGAUUACUGUGCAUCCACUUGAGCUGCUGCCCCUGAUGUGGGUUCUGAUUGACCCAGUGCUGCCCCUGAUGUGGGUUCUGAUUGACCCAGUGCUGCCCCUGAUGUGGGUUCUGAUUGACCCAGUGCUUUCCAGAUGCUUCAUGAGCUGCUUCAGAAACCUGAAUUUCACUCAAUAAGACAAGGACUACAGACCUUAGCACUGUGUAGUGAGACUUGUUUAUGGGCUUAAUGCUCACAUGAUCAGAGCUGGAUGCCACUUUGCCACACACUCACACACACACUCACACACACACACACUCACACACACUCACUCACACACACACACACACUCACAUAGCUACUCUGUUAUACAUACUGGAUAGUGCAAUUUGCCCAAAUUUGUUAUUUAGCAGAUGCUCUUAUCCAGAGCAUUUUACACAAAUAACAAUCCAUUAUAUAAUGCAACUGGAUAUUUAGGCCUAGUAAAACCAUUCAGGUUAAUUACCUUGUUCAACAGCCAAGGGACAGCAGCAGAACACCAGCUGGGAUGAAACCUGCAACCUCUGUGUUACAAAGCCCAGUUACAUAACCACUGUAAUACACUGUCAUUUCAAUCUUCUUAGCAAUAGAGAAUGUGAACAAAUGACUUGCUGUACUCUCCUCUUAUAGCUGUUUGACCUAGAGAAUCCACCUUAGCCUUAAAUGAUUGUACCAUGUGUAUAGUCUUACAGAGAUACUUUUAAAUAAACUGCACAUUUUCAGGUAUAUUCCAUUUACCCAAAUUUGAUAAACAAAAACAAAAGCAUCUAUUUAUGUCAUGUGAAUACGUAACUGGCAUGUGGGUAUGUGACUGAGUACCUCAGUUUAUGGACAAUAAAUGCACAAUUGUUACAUUGGGACAAUGCAUCAGAUUUAAACCUUAUGACAAGUAUCAGUUGGUGGUUAACAUGAAUUUUUUGAAUGUGCAAAAUUUCCUUUUGUUUAUAUGGUUUUACACUGAAUGUGUGAUGUCUGUUAUGUAUGGGAAUCCUGCUACCUGAGUGCUGACGUCUCAUGCAGCCUUCUUAACUUGUAUUUUUUGCUUGUUGUGUUUCCUUUGUGUGUGUUUUUUUUUUCUGUGAUGUAAUUAAAUUUAACUGGAUUAAUGUUACAAUAACUGAGCAUUGGUGCUGUCUUUGUUUUCAGUUGCCUGUAUACUGUUACUGAGUGAAUUCUAUGUGCUUGUGUGAGAAUUGAUAAAACAACGGAAACAUCGGAAA